UCACGACAUGUGGUGAAACAACAAAGAAAUCCAUUUAAUCACUCUAGUAAUAAAGAUGGUGGUAUUUUAGAAUUCACAUACACAGCCUCUAAUGACAAUCUCGUAACUGGGGAGACAUUUGAACGA